ACGGUACUGUGUCCCGGGCUCGGGCUCCUGUCCGCGGCCGGUGGCCGUGCGGGUGUGUGGCUGUUGAGGGAGGUGGGAAGGAACGCCUGGAUCCGCUGGCGAGGGGCUGCCGGUUUGUCCCGUGCGGAGCUCCGUAGUCCCAGGGUGUGAUGGGAGAAACGAUGUCGAAGCGGCUGAAGUCAGAAAUGGAGCUGGAGAUGGAGGAGAGGUCGUUCGUCAACCCGUACCCAGACAGGGGCGACGUCGCCGCGGCCGGGGGAGCGGGACCGCCCGAACAGCAGCAAGGGAUAGAUUGCUUCGACGCACAUGGGAAGAUUUGUCCUGCCUUCAUAAAGCGGAUUCAGUCUAAAAUCAAAGACCUUCUGAUGCAAAUGGAAGAAGGUCUCAAGACUGCAGAUCCUCAUGACUGUUGUGCUUACACUGGCUGGACAGGGAUUGCUCUUCUUUAUCUGCAAUGUUUCCGUACAACCCAGGAUCCAGCAUAUCUCCAGCGAUCUCUGCAUUACGUGAAGAGGACUCUGCGUAAUCUGAAUGGUCGAAGAGUCACCUUUCUAUGUGGUGAUGCAGGACCUUUAGCUGUUGGUGCAGUUGUACACCACAAGCUCAAGAAUGCAACAGAAUCACAGGAAUGCAUUGCAAAAUUGAUACAAUUGCAGAAAACAGUUGUAAGCUUGGACUCUGAUAUCCCAGAUGAGCUGCUGUAUGGCCGAGCUGGGUACUUGUAUGCUUUAUUGUAUGUAAAUACAGAGAUUGGACAAGAUACUGUUCCUCGUUCUGUUAUUCGGGAGGUGGUUAAUGCCAUAAUUGAAUCUGGCAAGAACUUCUCCAAGGAAGAGCGCAAAACGGAACGCUGUCCCCUUUUGUAUCAAUGGCAUAGAAAACAGUAUGUUGGAGCAGCCCAUGGUCUUGCUGGGAUCUACUACAUGCUAAUGCAGCCGGGUUCAAAGGUGGAUCAAGAGACUUUGAUUGAAUUGGUAAAACCCAGUGUGGACUAUGUGCGACAUAAAAAGUUCAGGUCUGGAAAUUAUCCUUCGUCAUUAAGCAAUGAAACUGACAGACUGGUUCAUUGGUGCCAUGGUGCUCCUGGUGUUAUACACAUGUUGAUACAAACUUAUAAGACUUUCAAAGAAGAAAAGUACCUGAGAGAUGCAACUGAGUGCAGUGAUGUUAUCUGGCAGCGAGGGCUACUGCGGAAGGGUUAUGGAAUCUGCCAUGGAACUGCAGGAAAUGGGUACUCCUUCCUUUGUCUAUACAAGUUAACUCAGGACAAAAAAUAUCUCUACAGAGCUUGUAAGUUUGCAGAAUGGUGCUUGGAUUAUGGAACUCACGGAUGUCGCAUUCCUGACAGACCAUAUUCUUUGUUUGAAGGGAUGGCUGGCGCUAUUCACUUCUUGUCUGAUAUUUUGAAUCCAGAAGCAGCUCGAUUUCCAGCCUUGGAACUGUAAUGUACAACAAAGUUGUGCUAAUUGAAGAAUGAAUGAUUUUGGAUUUGGCGUAGGACAUCUUUUCUGUGGAGAAUAGGACUUCUUGGUACCUGUUUCCUCAAUACCUAUGUACUCCCACUGCUAUCUUAAGAACUUCAACAAUCAAAGGCAACAAAUGAAGCAAAAUCUCUGAAUAACAUUGUUUUUGUCUUGUAAUUCAUUGCAUUUCAGUUGAAACAAAAUUAAAUAACUAAAAUUAACACUCCUAAUAAAUUCAGAGUUUGAUUGUAUGCACGCUUAAAAUCUUAAGCAUUUUUAGUUGUCUUCAUUCAUUUGGGAUCCAUGCAUUUUGUAAAAUAUUGGUCAUAGUACAUUUUGUGCAUGUGAAGAAGGUGAUCAUUGCCACUGGUGCCAAUUUAUUUAUGAUUCUGCUUGAAGAUACCUUUUAGAAUAAGGUAGUAUGUAGUUAGGGUUGUUGGUCCUGUUUGAUUUUUUUUAUUUGCAACACGACAAAUAAAGUACAUAUUUGCUAAA